AAACUUGUCGAGGUCGUCGAGGUAGUUGAUCAAUUAUCUUCUGAAACAAAGCAACAAAGGCAUUAUUACUAAAUGAUGAUAUAACAUUUGCUACGAUCUGUUGAAUUCAGAAAUAUGAGUGAGGAAGAAAAUCUAAUCACAAGUGUGACACCAACAAAAGAGGUCCUAUCGCCGACCUUGUCAAGUGCAUCUGAAUCAACUGACGACCAGCCAAUCCAGGUCAAGGUCAAAUUUGAUAAAGAUGAAUCCAAGGAAGAWCAUGACGACAAGAUUAUGCCUCCAUUGUUGGAGUAUAUUGACGCUAAUGUAAUUGGUAGAGAUACGGUCUUUGAAGGUCCAUAUGGACGGAAGCAAGUUGUUUAUUGUGAUUACACUGCAUCAGGAAAGCCUUUACGAUUUAUAGAAGACUACAUUCAGAAUUAUGUGUACCCAUUUUAUGCUAACACACACACUAGUACCACAACCACAUCAAGACAGACAACAAGGUUUAGAAAUGAUGCAAGAGAAAUUAUCAGGAGUUGUGUGAAUGCUUCUGACAAUGACAAAGUUAUCUUCACUGGCAGUGGUACAACUAGUGGAAUCCAUAAGCUGAUUCAUGCACUGCAAAUAGAGGGAGAAAAUGCUAAUAAAACGGUAAGUUUAAUACAUACAUUUGAAGAGAGUAAUAAAUUAUUUUAUCUCGAAACUGGAGUAUUCAUCUAUUCAGAUCAGGACAAUGAGAUGGGAACAGUUGAUAUGGCAAUGCUGGAAAAUUCAUUGAAGAAAUACAAAGAUGCAGGUUUUGUCAUGUAUGCUGCYUUCUCUGCUGCAUCUAAUGUUACAGGCAUCCUAACAGAUACCGUAGCUGUUGCAGAACUCUGUCAUAAAUAUGGAGCGCUGUCCUUUUGGGACUAUGCCACAGCGGGACCUUAUCUUGAAAUAGAUAUGAACCCAACUGAAAAUGGGUAUAAGGAUGCAGUGUUUCUUUCUCCACAUAAGUUUGUUGGUGGUCCAGGAACUCCAGGACUUUUCAUCGCCAAGAAGCAUGUUUUCAAGAAUCCUGUGCCUGGUGGUUGCGGAGGAGGGACAGUUCUCUUUGUUACGCGCGACACGCAUUUGUAUCUCAAAGACAUCGAGGCGAGGGAAGAGGGAGGCACUCCAGCGAUUGUCGAGUCGAUAAGAGCAGGAAUGGUGUUUCAAAUCAAACAGAGUGUUGGGAGUAAACUCAUCGAGGAGAGAGAAGAAGAGCUUUGCCAGAAAGCUUUYAAUGUCUGGAAGAAGAACACAAAUCUUACCAUAUUAGGAAGUGAAAAAGCCCGCCGACUGCCAAUCUUCUCGUUCCUCGUCUAUCACCAUGACAGCGGCAAGCUUCUCCAUCACAACUUUGUCUCGACGCUCCUCAAUGACUUGUACGGGAUACAAGCUAGAGGGGGAUGCGCAUGCGCGGGACCGUAUGCAUUGGAUCUGCUUGGAAUGAGUGAAUCUCUUGCCAAGAAAUUCUUGUGGAUUUUGGAAAGACACAACGAGGACAAGGAAGGUGCUUACAAAGARCCAUACGAAAUCAUGAAACCAGGUUUUGCUCGUAUCAAUCUGCCUUACUUCAUGGAUGACUUUAUCGUUCAUUUUAUACUAGAGGCUGUGGAUAUGGUGGCUACACACGGUUGGAAGCUGUUGCCUCAGUACUGUUUUGAUCCCCAAACUGGGAGCUGGAGGCAUCGUAACUACUCCGACAAGUCUCCAUUCAGUCUUAAAAAUAUCAAGUACGAUGAUGAUGGCAUACAUCUGAAGCACGAAGCUAAGCCUCCUAACGAACUGCCUAUGUGCACUCUAGAGGAUAUCGCUCAUGAGGCGCUCAAGGUUUUUGAAGAAGCAAAAAAAGUCAACGACGAAAUCUCAACAGUCGAUGACGAGUUUCUUCACUUCACUGAUGACAAAGACCGAGAGUUGGUUUGGUUUCUGCAGCCAAAGGAAGCCCAAAUUUUCUUAGCCACAGAAACCCUCAAAUACAAGCCUUUCAGAAGAACUAGUUUGCCUUUCAAGCCUAGAAGACCAACAAGAAACUACUCCAAAAGUGAAUUGAGACGUCGUCUUGUUAUGAGGAGUUUGUCGGAAAAUAUCCCUGAAGACGAUGAAAAUGUCGUUAGUACCGACGGCMCAAURMCACURCUGUUUGAAGGCAAAGAAAACGACGAGAAACCMAGCCACGAUGAGCCAGCGAUCACUAGGUGUCAGCACACUAGAGCAAGUAAACGAAGUCUCUUAAAGUUCGGCCGGAAAUCUCGUUCUGUUGUCAUCUGUGAAGACGCAAAUUGUCCGAACUAUCACGAGCCACCRACGGCAAAAAGUAAAGGAAAGGACACGGCGAAGGGAUGUGUCAUACAAUGACAUUAUUCGUGGAAUAAUAUUAAUGAGGAUAUGUAAAUGACUUGCGUCAAAAGGGACAAGCUCGGCCACAGGAAGCCCGGUCUUACUCUCACACCUCUUUACUUUAACUUUUGAGUUAUGCUUAAGCCAAAAGAAGGGCGUUUACUCUGCAUAUGUUUWUGCUUAUGCUUAUGUUUAAUUAAUGUCUUUGUUUUGCCACUGCUUAUACGGUCGUGUGAGGCAGGCKUAAGAGAUGUACGAAAGACAUCGCUUAUCGCUCAGUUUACUUCAGUUUUCAGUCUAUCAMCAGGCUCUUUUAUACUCGAUAAAACACAACACUAGCGCCGUAACUACUAAAAACCCAGCGAGGCUCUUGCCUAUGUAAAAAUGGCAGAGCUUCCAUUUUUGACAGCAGGUGUAAUAGGCUUGCUUUCUAUGCUUUUUUCAAGUGUAUCGAAAAUAUUUUGUCCUUGUUCUGCUUCUGAAUAAGGGCGUUUUUUUAUCCCUUUUAAGAGCAACAUAUACCGAGUAUUUGGGAGGAUAAUAAUUAUGUCCCUGCCAGGGCCUUAUAGUCAAUGUACCCAUAGCUAACAGUAUAUAUAAGUGACUCUUAACCAAAUACAGAUCCUUCGUUUAGGAGUUUUAUCGUGAGAGAUCCUCGCAUGCAAAACGGUCUAUUGAUUUUGCGACUUGAGAGGGGAGUUACGUACAUCCUGUGAUAAAUACAGUCAACUCUCUCGUAAGCGACCACCUCGGGAUCAGGAAAAAGUGGUCGCUUAUACGAGAGAUGGUCGCUUACGAAAACGUUUUUUUACCAGAGUUUAUAYGGGAAACUGAACAAAACGGGGAAUUUUAAAGGUGGUUGCUUACGGGAGAAGGUCGCUUACUAGAGUGGUCGUUCAAAGAGAGUUAACUGCACUUUUUACUACACUCUAGAGAAUAUUGUAUAUUGUCUGUAAAAUAUUCACUUAUUUUUUUUAUGAAAUGAGUUCUUAGUGCGUUACAAUAAAAUCAUAAAAGACAAUAUUAUAUAAUAUUAAGUUUUAUCUGCUAAGUAGUUGGCUCGACUCACGAAAGACUCGGAACUUCAAUGGCAGCUGUCAAGGUUAUUUUGUAAUAUCCAUGAGUAAUAGCUUUCAGUGAUCGACAUUAACUUUAACGGAAUUAUCUGAGCGCCGGCUUAAAUAUUCAUUACCCGUAGAACUGAUGAAUUCUGCGCAAAUGAUAAAAUGUAAUUAUCAAGUGCGGUACUUUUUUCACAAUACUUCUUCGAGUUUUGACAGGUUUAUACCCUUGCAGACUUUGAAUAGAAGUGAACUCCGUUGACAAUGAUAACCGUCUGUAGUAUAGGCUCUGUUGUCUCUUUUCCAGUGAAUAGACCUAGUCGCUUUGCUAUGUACGUUACAACCCAAUUCAAAUCCUGUGGGGAAAAGAACUUUUGUUUCUAAGAAUCCAACUGUGAAAUGAAAAAUGCAACGAACACUGAAAUUUAGACCCUUUUUACAUGAGAUAGGGUGUCCCUAUGUGGUAGGGAUAACUCUUUUAUUAUAUUUUCCCUUAAAACAAAGGAUUUUGGCCCUACCAUUAGGCGUACACUAUCUCAUAUAAACAGGGCCUUAAUGUCGGGUGGUUUGAGUUGGGUGGAAACGUUUAUAGCAACGCGUUAGCCGAUUAGGUCUAUUAUUCRUAAUUAAAUAGUUUGAGAUCUGACAAGAYGACAAUCCUAAUUUCCCACAUGGGUUGGUUAAGUAAUGUUUUGGAAUAUAACAACAUAUCUCAAACACAGGUGCGUUAAUAGUUUAAUCAUUUUCAUUCAUGUUCAAAGGAUAAGAAAUACAAAGAACUGUACAAGCAACUUUUUUUUAGCGGAAAUCUAAUAAAUGACAGAAACUGAAUGUUUUUAUUUAUCGAUCAGCACUGGGUUGUUCAAAGGCCGAUUAGCGUUAAUCCUGGGUUUAAACUCCAAAGGUUUUCUAAGAGUUAACCUAGUUAGUUAUGGAAACAAGUUUCAAGAGAUAACGAUAGGACUAAAACAAAUAAAAGUAAAAUAAACAGUAUAAAAAGCAUCAAGCAAAGAGAAAUAUUUAAAAAAGGAAUUAUUGUUAUUAUUGAAUAUUACUCAGAAUAAAGACACAUUACAGCGCUGUAAUUUUACGACGUUUAAUAA